GAACAGAGACAAACUAUACUCUCUGAUGCCCUGUCAGAAACAGAAGCCAAGGAGGUAAUAAAUGAGUUUGUAUUGUUUUAAGCCACUAAAUAUAGGGGUAACUUGUCACAUGGCGAUAGAUAACUAAUGCAAAUUGCUUUACAGUUCAUAAUCUCUGGAAUAACAAGAAGCUACCUCUGGGUAUGACUGUAGAUGACAAAAGCCUGAACUUUGAGCUGAUGCUAUAAUUGGAUGAAACUUUUGGGGUCUUGGGAGAGCACAAUAAAAAGAUGUAUGAAAGAACAUGGAGUCAAAGUAGAGAUUCCCAACAAAUCAAGUGGUGCAGCCUCGGCUCUCAAUGUAUUUACCCGGGCGACCACUGUCUUGGCUGCCCAGACUGGAUGUGCGCGUGGAGCGGGAAAAGUGUGCGUGAAGAGAAGAAACGAAGACUGCUUGCUGCGCCCCAGCCCCCGGCCCCCUGGGGGCUGACGGAUGGCCAUGGAUCUGUACCUCAGCAACUGCUAUAACAUUGCCCAAGCCGCCGCCGCUAAGGCGGCUGCCAGCAGCCUAACUGCCGACAGGGAGCAGUGCGACUCCAGCUCUCAAAAAACCCCCAUUCCAGAGGUGGGAGCCGCUCAUCUACUGAAUCUUCCUCUUGGGGUCAAGCUGCCUACAAAUUUAAGUGAAAAGCUUUAUCAACCUUCUUAUGACCUUAACCUGACUGAUCCUUAUUGUCAACUUUUGGAAACCAGCUAUAAAAGCCUGCACGAUCCACAUUUAAAAAUAUACUAUAGGCGAAAGGAUAUCCUGAGGAGAUUAAAGAAAGGCGGCUAUGUCACCAGCAAUAAUAAGAAAAUGAUUGAAAAACAAGUAAUAAAUAAGUUGUAUGAAACCAAGAGAGCCUGUGACAAUUAUGACAAUACACAGUUCCAAGAUUGGCUGUUACAGGAAAGUAUACAAACAACUCCAGACCAAGAGCUAUUAAUAAAGCAGAGAUAUUUAGAUAUGAUUAGUAGGGAAUUAAACAAGCUUGAGCACAUGGCAGAAAAGCAGAACAUACUCCAUAUAAAGGAAGAAGAAAGAUGACAUUGGGACCACAUUCGAAGAAAACUUAGUCUCCGCAGACAAAUUGAAGAGGUGAGAAACACCAAAUUUUAAAUGUUGAUGGGAAAAUUGUGCAU